AUGCCAAAACCAGUAAGGCAGGAAGAUUUAGAUUUCGUUACUUGCGAGAACGAUCGUUAUAAAAGUGAAAUAUUUAAAUGGAGAAAUGAUCGGUUAGUUGAGGCCAUAGUACAAGAAGAACUUGAAUUUGUAAAAGCGACGUAUGCUGCAAAAUCAAUUGCACGUAAAAAAUAUGAAGACUUGGAACAGAAGCGUUUAAAAGCUCUUAAAGAUUGGCAGCAGUACUGGGAUCAAGUGGACGCUGAAAAUGAAAAAGAAAGAAUUGAAAGAAAACGACAGUUUGAUUCUGAACAGGCUAAGUGGAGACAAAUGGCUGAAGAAUAUGAUCGUAAGAUUAAAGCGCAAAGACAAGCCGAAGAAGACCAAAAAAAAAAAGUGGAAGAGGCAAAAAAACAGGAAAUACUUAGGAUAGAAAAUCAAAAACAAAAACUGGCACGGGAAGCUGCAUUAGCUGAAGAAAGGAAGAAAAAGGAAGAAGCUCAAAAAGUUGCAGAAAAUGCUAAGAAACCUGUUGAAAAUAUCAAACCUGUGACCGAAGAGAAUACUAAUAAUCUUGCUUCGAACGAAAUUUUGAAACAAGCUGCGCAUUAUUCUACUAUGCUCAAAAAUAUACAAGAUAAAUUUUCAAAAAACUCUCAGAUAAAAUCUGCAACUAUCGAUACGAGAAAGAACAUUACACUGGGACUAAAUAUUCUUACGAAUGACCAAGUUGAUGUAGUAUCUAAGGAAUCUGCUGCUUUCCCAUUUGCCCAUUUGUGUGUGUUGAUUUCCACACAACACACUGAAUUUAUGGAAUUUUUAAUAACACGCAUAGUUAAAAAAUGUCCAUAUGUCUUACCACUCUAUCCUAGUCAUAAGGCUAACCAAAGUCAAGAAGUAUAUAAGAAACAAACGUUAUAUAAAUCAAACGAGAGUGAAGAUGCCUAUGUUAAUCGGAUGUGUGCAAUUGUAGCCUUAUAUUGUGCAAUAAUGCAAACAGAUCCUUUAUAUCCUCAACUCAAAAAUCCGUAUUACAUUGAUAACGCUUGGACAUAUCUGGCGCGUUUAAUGAACUUGAGGCCUCAAAAAAUUACACCUUCGCUUCUUUAUACUUGCUUACAGAUUACUGGUUCGAGUCUACUGCGUGCAUAUAAACAUAAUGCAUUGAAAUUAUUUUCAGUUAUUUACAAAAGUUAUGUUCAAAGUCCACCUUCAGAAGUCUUGUCAUUAUUGACAAGUUCGCCAGCUGCAAUGUCCAGAUUACGAACAUUACUUGAGAAUGCUUCUAAAAUUGGACAAUUUCCAGUUCCAGAAGGACAGAUUCCUGACUAA